UUUUACUUUGGAAGAACUGAUGCACUGCGCAAUUUCCGGUUGAUGUCGCGUCUCACAACAUCAGGCUAACGCUGAAAGCUAACGUUACAGCUAUUGUCAGUACAUUUUUCAUAACACACAGAGGGAAAACAUGUCAGACGCGGAGACGAAACCCUCCAGCCAAGACGGGGGUGAUAAGAAGGAUGGAGAGUACAUCAAGUUAAAAGUGAUCGGCCAGGACAGCAGUGAAAUACACUUUAAGGUGAAAAUGACGACACAUCUAAAGAAGCUGAAGGAGUCUUACAGCCAGAGACAGGGCGUCCCAGCAAGCACGCUAAGGUUUCUGUUUGAAGGACAGAGAAUCGCAGACAACCAAACUCCUAAAGAGUUGGGGAUGGAGGAUGAGGACGUCAUCGAGGUGUAUCAAGAACAGACCGGUGGACUUUGGAACAAUUAAACCUCCCACAUUUCUAUUUUUUUUUUUCUUUUUUCUUUUGUACUUUAUUUUUUAUGUAUAUGUAUGUGUUUUUGUUCAGUUUCAAACCAUUUGGAUCAAAAGCGACUAUCAGGGCUUCCACAUGUGAGGGCAGAGGCUGAACAGGCCGGGGUAAGGACAGGGACAGGACAGCAGCAUCCACCCACAUUCACACAGACGAGCAGCUUGUUUUCCUUUAGUGUUUUUUAUUAACCAAUCUGUCUGGGGUGCCAGCAGCAGCAGCAACUAAUGCUGCAUCAAAAUGACUAGUCCACCAACAAAAUCACAGAUACAAUAUUAUAGUGAGGGCACUCAAACAGCUUUGUUUCAGCUUUUUUUUUUUUGAAAGGAGAAUGAGUUGAAAAUGCUUUUUAGAAUGUAAAAUGUUUCCCACCAUUUGCUCCUUGGUUAUUUCAGUAUUCUGAAGCCAAACAGCUCAAUAUUUAUUGGUUUAUCUAUUAGGUUUUCACUGGUCGUUUUACAUUACAGCAAAAAAAAGGCAAUGGAGAUGUUUUAAAUGAAAUUGUGUAAUUACUGUUCAAGUUUAAAUACCUAAAUGUAAGUGUUCCCUGAUACUGAGGAUGUUGUCAGUUUGAUUUUUAGGUCUCCGACAAAGUCGCUCUGUGCCACAGCUACUUUGGCUCCAGGCACACUGGGAGAUUUUGGGCCUGAGCGCAGACGUUCAUGACCCACACCUGUGACUGCCGUAGUUACUUAACAAAACAUGGACUCUGCAGACAAAACCAAGUUAGAGAAACUGAAACAAAGCUGUGACAGCAGAGCAGAUGUUUUCAAUCCUGAUUUUGGUUGGACUGGUCCUUUAAACACUGGCACCAACUUGCAUUCCCUUGCACAGGACUUCACUGUUUUCAGAAGUGUGUCACACAUCAAGCUGCAGUUCAUUUGCACACAGAGUCUUAACUUGGACAUGUGCACACAAGCAGCUGCAUCACAGCACAGCCUCUGAUUGAAAGCCCCUCAUGAAGAAAAGGCAUUGUCACCAUUCAUUUCUGUAGAUUUGACUAAUUGACAUUUACAACCUCUGCGCCAUGUUGGACUGUAAAGUUCUGCUCAUAAUUGACCUGAGAUUGGAAAUUUUUAAAUAGUUGUACUUGUAUAUGUUGUGUUCAGUAUUAGAACAUUUGAAUGAUA